AUGAGAUUACCCUUGUUAUUGUUCCUUGUUUUGUCUGUGGUUAGACACGUGGUUUCUGAAAAUCGAAAUCGAUUGGCAAUUCCAACGCUGAAAAUUCCAGAGGGUUUGACGACACCAAAAACUCCGUAUCAUUUACCAUCUCCCCCGGUAAGAGCUUUGAGAAUACUGUAGAAAAAGUAUAUAUUCAGAUUACAGGAUUACUAUUAGAAAUUCAAAAAGUUUUCAGAAAUAUUUAAAGUGUUUUUCUAGGAAACAUAGAGUUCUGAAAAGGUAUUCUAAAAAAACAUUCUGCAAAAAUGUUCAUCUUUCAAAGUUAUAAUACGAGGCCUAUAAAAUUGAAAGUAAGUAUAUGAAACUGAAGUCUACAAAUUUUCAAUUCAGAAAGUAUCCAGUCGUUCCGAAUAGUCGAAUAUAAAACUUUUUCUUGAAAAUUUUGAACACCUACGAUGGUUAGGUUAUUUACAAAAUAAAAAUAUAAAAACUACAGUAGUCCCAAUAAACUUUUUUUCAGAGCGAUGUGGCACCAAUUCCAUUUCUAGAUCCUGGUGUAAGUCUUCCUCUUCAUAUUUUAGUUUUCUUAUUCGCAAUCCAUUUUUUUCUAGAAUAAUUUAAUUUGCGAUGUUUGUCAAAACUUUGUCGUUGUGCUCCAUGCUCGUCUAACAAAUCUCGAAGAAUCAUCUCGGCCGCAACUUGAACAACUUUUGAAACACGGCUGUCAUCUUCUCGAAAAAGUGGAAAUCCUCGAACAACCCUGUUUGAAUCUAGAAGAUCACCUUCUCGAUUCAUUUUUCAAAAUAAUCAAAACAUAUGAAAGUUAUCUAACACCUUCUUAUGUUUGUGGCUCAUUAUCAUUAUGUAAAAAAUAAAGAGUUUACAUUUCAAAGUUUUCAUUUGAUUGAUAAUGUCUGUAAUUUUCAUAUUGUUUUUCUCAAUUUUUAUUGGGGUUUUGGAAGGCGCUGAAAAAUCUCCGCCAAAAUCUGAUGAUGAAAUUUGUCUGAGUUGUUUGGCAGCUUUUGGAUCUAUCAAAAAUAGUCUUCCACCGGUCGCCAAUUUUUUGAAGACUAUUUCAGAAAUUGCUAUUGAGGUGAGGCCGAAAAUCUAACUAUCAUAUCAAAAAUAUACAUUUUUAGAAAACAUGUGAUCGAUUUUUGCCGCACGUUGAAACACUUGAAGCACUUUGUCAUGUUCUCGACACAAACAUCGGAAAUCAUCUUUAUCAAUUUUUGCUUUACAUUCAUAAAUCAAUGGACGAACGUGAAAUUUGUAAAUUCAUACGUGUUUGUUCUAAAUGA